AUGACGAAUAUAUUAUUGUCUCGGAACAUAUCAGUAUUUGCCAACAGUACUAACACUCUUCUACCACGGAUCUUAGAUGUUAUCUACGGAUUAAAUGAAUCAAACGAGCAACGGCAUUUUGGUGAAAAGCAGGUGUCGCCAGGAAGUAUCGUUACAGGUGUUGUAUUAUUCUUUAUAGCUGCCCUAACAAUCACAGGAAAUAUAAUGGUAUUCGCCGCUGUGAUAUUCAAUAAGAAACUACGGUCAGUUUCAAACUUAUUUAUUAUGUCUCUAAGUAUGGCCGAUUUAUUGCUAGGGACUGUGGUUAUGAUUCCUGCAACACUAAAUGAAAUAUUUGGACGCUGGAUACUAGCAAGUGGAUUUUGUGUUGUUUGGGCGGGCUUCGAUGUCAUGCUCUGUAGUGCGUCAGUGUUGAACGUAUGCCUGAUAAGCCUUGAUAGAUACAUUGCUGUGAUGUCACCUCUACGUUACAAGGUCAUCGUAACCCACCGACGGGCAUUUGCUAUGAUAGCUGUUGCUUGGGUAAUAGCGAUUUGUGCAUCAUUCAUUCCUCUGGGGACAGGUAUCCACAAUCCUGAUUUACCAACACUUACUAACCUAACCUUUCUUACGGAAACACCUCAAUGCCUUUUUAUUCCAAGUUUAACAUUUGUGCUGAUAGCGUCAACUGUGACUAUAUUGCUGCCGAUAAUUGUUGCAUUCGGACUAUAUUACCGGGUAUCUAAGGAAGCAAAACGACAAGCAUGUUUCGUAGGAGUCCUUAUUGCACCUAGCAACAUGCUUCUAGGAGCAAAAGUAGCAAACAAACACAUCAGAGAACCAUUCACCAGAAAAGCUACAGUAACCCUCGGAAUAAUUGUGGGUGCAUACGUUGUGACAUGGGCUCCAUUUUUGAUUACAAAUAUAUUAGAAGCCUUAUGUACUUGCGUCCAUGUCAAACUGUUUAGUGCUUUCGUGUGGCUAGGGUAUUGUAACAGCCUCAUAAACCCCAUCAUUUACCCGUUCUUUAUACGUGACUUUCGGAACGUUUAUUUAACAGCGUUAUUUAAUGUAUGCCCGUGUUUGACCUUUCUCCAAAAGUACAAACGCGACAGAGUUUUUUUCCAGAACGCGAUGGAGUUCGUAAAGCGUUCGUCGGAAACCACAGAGAAUAAAUUAUAAAUUGACAAGCGGAUACUUCGUGCCAUUAAAGGGUUACAUAUUUUAUUUGAUACACGUAUACGGUAGAAUAUUGAGUAUGUGUCAAGUGUUUAUAAAUAUUGCGUAUUCGUCAUUGUGAUCGUUAUUUCAACCGGAAAUUAAACUUGUAGAUGACGUUGAACAAGUCAGAACAAACCGUACACGCAUUGUACCAGAACGUCGCAUUUAUCAGUUGCUUUCAACAUUGAUACUACAUUGAUUAUGUAAU